AUGUCCACAAUACCACAACCGUCGAAGACAACCGGAACCCCUACAGCUGGAUCACCAUCUUCAAUUUCCACAUCGAAGUCACGGAGGAGUUUCCCUGCUCCCUCCGAUGCACCAAGGGCGCAGUUUCAAACAUCUACAAAAGCGCGCACGCCCUCUAGCCCCAAACUUCCAUUGGGGAACAAGUCUCCUCUGAGCCACUCCGUUUCAAGCGCUAGCGCGUCUAGGUCAGUUUCUGGAAUGCGCGCUCCGAGCAGUCCUGAAAAGUCACUGCGUCGAACUAUUAGCAUUGCAGCUUUCCCUCAGCCACCGAGAGCUGCGAGCCGUCCAUCUACCUCGUCUUCUAUGUCAGGGAAUCAAAGUGUGCAUUCGUCGGGGAGUGUAAAGGUGAAAAGAGGCUCCAGAUUAAGCGUCGGAACGACCAGCAGCUACCGAAGCUCGAAAACCCCUUCCCUGCUGAACGGGGGCGCAGAUGGGAAAGCCAUAUCAAGUACAGAAGUUCGGGACCCGGAGGCCUCUCCCUCGCAAAGCAGAAGCUCCUCCGCCCAAGGAUCGUAUUCUACAAGUGCAACUACCUUCGAGGACGCAGAUGAUAUGUCCAGGUCGGAUUCAAAGCCAAAGGAGGCCAAAGGCAACGUCAUCGUCAGCGUUCGGGUACGUCCAGACAUUAACGGAAACGAUCCUUCAAAAUCCAGCAGCGAUUGGACACUGGACCCACGACGAAGUCUUAUCUCACAUCAGGGGAAAGAAGGGGGCGACUAUUAUUAUGAUAACGUCUUCACCAGCCAUGAACACAAUGCCAAGGUCUACGACUCCGCCGCAAAACGCCUUGUUCGAAGGGUAAUGGAAGGUUAUCAUGGUACUGUAUUCGCCUACGGCAUGACGGGGACAGGAAAGACCUUCUCAAUGCAAGGCAUUGCCACCUCGCCAGGUGUGAUACCACUAGCCAUAACAGACAUAUUUUCCUUCAUUAGGGAAACACCACAUCGAGAGUUUCUGCUUCGUGUCAGCUAUCUGGAAAUAUACAACGAGAAGAUCCACGACCUUCUGUCCGCGUCCGGUCCCAAUGGGGCUGCUGGCCCUCAGCAAGAGGAGAUCAAGUUGCGUGAAGAUAGCAAGCGAGGUGUAUAUGCAACUCCUCUGAAAGAAGAAAUUGUGCAGAGCCCCACACAACUUCUUCGCGUGAUUGCAAGAGGUGAUCAUGCAAGACGUACAGGCAGUACUCAGUUUAACGCCCGCAGCUCACGAAGUCAUGCAGUCGUUCAAAUAGUUGUGGAAAGCAGAGAGCGGGUCCCCGCUAAUACCUCUCAGGACCGGCGAUCUGGCAUGGCCCCAGGCGGCGUGCGGGUAUCAACACUAAGUUUAAUCGACUUGGCUGGAUCGGAGCGCGCCGCUGAGGAUAAGGAGCGGCGCACGGAGGGUGCCCAUAUCAAUAAAAGCCUGCUCACACUAGGCACUAUCAUUUCGCGCCUUUCGGACGACAAGGAUAAGCCCGCCAGCACUGCUGACCGAGAGGGUAGGCACUUGCCGUACCGAGACAGCAAACUCACGAGGCUACUUCAACCUGCAUUAUCUGGCAAUUCCCUUGUGAGCAUUCUAUGUACCAUUCAACUUGGUGGAGCAGCCAACCUGCAAGUGGCUGAAACUCUUAACACUCUGAAAUUUGCGGCACGAGCAAAGAACAGCAUUGUUAGUCACGCCAGAAGAGCCGAGGAGGCAUUUGGCAGUGGUGGCGGUGAUGCAGGUAGUCGAGUUCUCCUGGAGCGUUAUCGUGUUGAGAUCCAAGCCCUUCGUGGCCAGCUUGAGAGCCAAACAAAAGCUCAGGCCGAGAAAGAGUUGAAACUGGAGGAGCAGCAAUUAGAAAAGGAAGCGCAAACACGCCACGAAGAACAAAUGCUCGAAAUGCAAUUGGCUCGGACGGCCCUCAAGGAACGAAUAGAGCAUCUCAAUCGACUGAUUCUCUGUUCCAAAUCAACGGGCGUGAACAUCUCCGGCUCUCUCUCUGCCCUCGGCCGGCUCUCUAGAAUGUCCAUUACCGAAUCUGGCUCCCGAUCCCUGCGUUCCUCAGCUAGCCAGUCCACCUUGGCAGCGUUCGGGCAGUCUUCUGCUCGUCCCAGUUCGUUUCUGUCACUAAAUAGUAAUGAAGGCUCUCCAAACCUUCCUUUAUCCGGCGGUGUUGGCAAUGACGACGAGGAGGAUAGCAUGGGUGAGUUUGCAGACGGCAAGGCGAGUUCUCAACGGCAAAUUGCGGCCCUCCAGGCCGAUCUGGGCGACAAAAACCGAUACAUUUCUACUUUAGAAAGACGACUACUACAAGCUCGACGCUCAAGUCAUUCUCGGAUGUCGAUUGGUAUGAAACCUGGAACCUCUUCGUUGGAGGGCCCAGAUGUGAUGGCAUUGCUUCGUGAAAAAGAUAUGGAAAUCAACGAGCUUCGGCAACAGUUGGAUGAUAAAGACAGAAUGCUAGCUGCGCUCCGGUCCGCUGCACGUCAUCGGGAUCUCGCCCAGCUUACCACCGAUGCGUACCCGCUAGAAGAAAAGGACAAGAUUGAUCACAUUGACUUCCCCAAUGGCGCCAGCCUCGGCCUGAUACCGCCGCCGAGGGGAGAUGAGACUGAUCAGCGGCGGAAGAGCAUGGAUGAAGUUUCCCGAAUCCUCGACGAAAUGAUCCAGGAUCGAAUUGAAAAUGGCCACCUCGUCAAGGGCUCUCAUGGAAGUGUCCAGGUUGCUACCGGCAGUCGUCGUGCAUCUGGCUCUGUAGCCGGUGUACCGGGCCUGAACUCGGGCCCUGUCAUUUCAGGAAAUGGCCCGAGGGAUUCAGGUGAAGGCUAG